AUGCCGCAAACAUUUACACCUCCAGGGACACCCGUCGAUCAAAGACUCCCUGCAUCUCCAAGUGAAAUUACUCUCGGUCUCUCCAUCCAAUACCUCAUCAAAGACGUUGUCAAGAAGCAACAAUCUUUCCCUCGUUGCUUCUGGCAUAACCUCGGGAUUUGCAGCUGCAGGAACUUGGACGAGAUCUCCGCACUCGAUCAGGCAGAUUUCAGAGGCUUAUACUACAGCGGUGGCCAUGGAGAUUUCGACAAGUUUGGACCCAUGGAACACAGUUUUGUUGUCAAGCAUGAGCUUCUCACCGGUAGUGAAGCUGCCUCUUGUGUCGUCAUGCCACACAUUUACACCAAACGUCGGAGAAACCUCUACGUCUUUAAAACAGUGACAAAGCAGAAGUCCCUCUUUUCGCAUUCGGAAUGGGGAAUUGUCUCGAACGAAGCAUACGUUCUCCUUGGGAUACUCAAGACCAACUUGCAAGCUCAUCCCAAUAUCAUUCAGCUCUUCAAGUGUGUAACCACAAAAGCCAGGGCUGGACUGUUUCUGCAUAUAUUGCAAAUGGAGUAUUGUGAUGGCGGCGAUCUUUGGGAACUCAACUCCCGCUGCCUGAAACAUGGUGCACGUAUACCUAAAUCUUUGGUCAUACAUAUUUUCAAGUCACUGGUUACAGCACUAGCAUACCUCCAUCACGGUCUCAUUUUCCUGCCCAAUGGAACCACACAACGACAUUUCCUUCCCGCCUCACCAAAACGCUGGCAAAGUAUUCUCCACAAUGACAUCAAAUCUGAAAAUAUCCUUCUUCGCUGGCCUGCUUAUGCUUCUGAAUCCUCGCGUUUUCCGGAAAUCGUGCUCUCAGACUUUGGAACUUCAGGUAUUGAGAAUAAAGCCUUUGGCCCGAGAGGCACGUACCGUUAUGCCGCCCCUGAAAACCAAGAGGCUUUUGACCUUCGUACCAGUUUGAUCCACCAUCUCAACUUUAAAUCUGCGGAUAUCGUCAGCAAUGGCAUUAUCUGCACGACGAAAUCGGAUAUAUGGAAUCUCGAUUUCGGAAAGGUGAUGCAGGAAAUGAUGCCAGAGUAUCACAAAGUUGAUGGACGGGAGAUUGAGAAAAGGCAAGGGUGGUGGACUGGUUUGGAGGAGAUUUAUGGAGAAGAUUUUGUGAGGUGGGUGAGGAAGUGUUUGGGUAGUACGCCGCUGGGCCGGCCGAGUGCUAGGGAGUUGUUUGAGAAGGCGGUGAGGGAAAUUAGGGAGGAUGGUGAAGACACAGGCGAGGAAAGGGGACAGAAUUUGCCAAAAUGGUUUUGGGGGUGA